AUGCCUCAACUCCUGACGAUAGGCAUCUCGCAAUCCCAUACGCUCUCCUCUCUUCAAUUGACCCUCGGCGCCCUUCGUGAAACCACGCAGCUGGCCGCUCAAAAGGGUAUAUCGAUAAUUUUAUUCCCCGAAGCCUACCUUGGCGGAUAUCCUCGGAAUUGUUCCUUUGGUGCCACCGUCGGAUCUCGUACCGAUGCCGGCAGAGAUCAAUUCCUAGCGUACUCGAAAUCCGCGGUUGACCUGGGAGACACGCCAAUCGGAGCAGGGGACGAUUGGAUCGAGGGCAAAUUGCCUGUCAACAAGGAGACGGGUCGGCGAGGCGACGGAACAAGGGAAUACCUGGAAGAUGUGGCACGGGAGACAGGUGUAUUCAUUGUUACCGGCGUUGUCGAGAAAGCAGGUGGAAGUCUCUAUUGCGCCGCGGUGUACGUCGACCCGAGGCGCGGAACCAUUGGCAAGAGAAGAAAAGUCAUGCCUACCGGGUCCGAAAGGCUGGUCUGGGCGCAGGGGCAACCUUCUACACUGAAAGCGGUCACUGCAACCAUCAAAGGCGUGAGGGUUAUCAUGGGAUGUGCCAUCUGUUGGGAGAAUUAUAUGCCGUUGUUGCGGCACAGUAUCUAUAGCCAGGGUGUAAAUCUGUGGCUGGCACCUACAGCAGAUCCUCGGGAUACCUGGGAGCCGUUGAUGAGAACGGUGGCGUUUGAAGGACGCUGUUUUGUCCUUACUGCCAACCAGUGUAUGAAGACGAAGAACUUGCCGAAUUGGAUCACCCGGUCGCAGGGAGAAGGCAAGGACGCCACGAGAAUGCUGGAAUCAUUGACAAAUGGGUCCACGAGCCAUGCUGCUGCUGGAGGCCGGCGACUGUCAAUGUCGACACGGACGGAAGAAAAUCAUGAAAUCGCUUGGAGAUGCAAGGACGCUCCGAUUGAUGAGUCCGUAGUUCUCGAAACCAACGCCGCCUCGUCCGGCGGUGAAGGGGACACAUUUGCGUCGGUCGGAGGUUCUUGUAUCGUCAGUCCUAUGGGCAAGACUAUCGCUGGCCCCGUAUGGGAAAAGGAGCGAGAGCUCCUGUACGCCGUAGUCGACUUCGAUGAUUGUGAUCGAGGACACCUGGAUUUCGAUGCCGCCGGGCAUUACUCACGUCCGGACGCGUUCAAGCUGACAGUGGAGGGUCUGGAUCUCAAUCCGCCGCCUUGA